AUGACUUGCUGCUCGGCCAAUCCGUGUAGCAACAUCUCGGCUCACACCGCUCUAGACUCCACCCACUUCCAGCUACAGCUCCGCCCAGACUCCUCCCACCGGCAGCCACGACCAAUCAGAAGCCAGCAGGAAAACCUUUCAAGCUUCUUUGUCUCUCUUGUGGAACAUUUGGUAGCCCUUGAGGGUCUAAAAACUCCAACAGAAGCAGACCAAAGAGACAAAAUCUUCCUACUGUCGCAAUACUAUAUUGCAAGUAGCACAGGAAACCAUAGGCUGUCCGGAAAGACUAAAGAGGAUUUGGCGAAUGAAAGGCCAGAACCCCCAGACCACCACCAGAACGUUGCAACAGCAACAAACAAACCACCCCAUUCAACACACAUCAUACCCUCAACACCUACCACCGAAAAACCCAAAAACCCACCCACACAACAACAACACCCACAACAAAACCUCACAUCUCAGCAACCACGAAUACAACCACCUCCACUACAGCAACAACAACCACAGCAACACAGACACCAAGACCCAGAUUAUAGGCAGCAGAAAACCCCCACCAAUCAAAGACGCAAUCCACUACACAACAAAAACCACAACAAGACCAACACAGAACAAAACAUACCACAGAGACCCCAGACAGACACAAAACCAAGACACAAACAAACACCCACACCUAGCCUCAAAACCCCAUGUCCUACUACUCCACAUCAACUCGAAAACACCCCUACUUCCCACCCCACCCCACCCAAUCACAUGAACACACCCCCCACCCCCAAACUCACCCCCGCGACGGUAGUACCAGUGCCGAAAGUCAGCACAACACCGUAG